AAAACUGGUCGCAGGACCGGAAGCGCGAUAGCUCUCAGAUUGGAGACAACGGGGCCGUUUAAGGCAGAGCGAACGACCUGGUGCCAUUGGAACCGGCUACAUUCUCCACUCAGGCUCCUUCCCAAAUUGGAAAAAAACCUCCAAAAUCCUGGCAGCCUAUGGAAAAGCACUGAGUCGGACCGCAAAGUAUACGGCGACCAUCGAAACAGCCGAGCCACUAAGGGCCAGCGGAAGCCCCGCCCCUAGGGGGAGGCAGCCUCGCGGUGGAGGAAAGAAGCCCAAGCUCUGCCCCCGGGGCGGAGCUCGCCGGCCAUGGCUACGCCCCCGGGGGCCGGUCCCGCUGCUCUGCGCUUUGCUGCGGCUGCCAGCUGGCUAGUCGUGCGCCAACGCUUAGUGGAACAUUUUCCGCGAGUGUUGGAGUUUCUGCGGUCCCUGCGCGCUGCUGCUCCUGGCUUAGUUCGCUAUCGCCACCACGAACGCCUGUGUAUGGGCCUAAAGGCCAAGGUGGUGGUGGAGCUGAUCCUCCAGGGCCGGCCUUGGGCUCAGGUUCUGAAUGCCCUGCAUCACCACUUCCCAGAGUCUGGACCUGUAGUGCGGGACCCCAAAGCUACAAAGCAGGAUCUGAAGAAGAUCUCCGAGGCACAAGAAGCCUUUUGCCAGCAGGUGAAGGGGCUGGCAGAAGCCCCUGUGGAUUUGGCUGGGAAGUUGCAGGAACUUGAACAAGAGUAUGGGGAACCUUUUCUGGCUGCUAUGGAAAAGCUGUUUUUUGAAUACUUAUGUCAGCUGGAAAAAGCGCUGCCUGCACCACAGGCUCAGCAGCUUCAGGAUGUGCUGAGUUGGAUGCAGCCUGGAAUUUCUAUCACUUCUUCUUUUGCUUUGAGCCAGUAUGGUGUGGACAUGGGGUGGCCACUUCCAGAGUGCUCUGUUACUAAUUCAGUGAACGUGACAGAGCCCAUGGAGCAGAGGCCUCCCCAGCAACCAAGACCAGCACUCCACCAACCUCUGCCAAAAGCCAAGCCUGGCCCAAACCUUCCUGAGGUACCAGCCUUAAGGAAGCACUCAGAACCUUUGGCUGGCCAUCACUUCAAUCUGGCCCCUCUAGGCCAGCGAAGAAUCCAUUCCCAGUGGGCAUCCACUAGGGUAGGCCAUAAGGAGCGCCCCACAGUCAUGCUGUACCCCUUUAGGAAUCUGGGUUCACCAACCCAGGUUAUAUCUAAACCUGAGAACAGGGAAGAACAAGGGACACACAUGGCAGUUCCAGCAGGAGAUGUCGACACGAGAGCAGCCUCCACUGGAAAGUCUAGGAGUCCAUCCCAGACCCUGGGUGGAAGGACUGUGCAGGAGAACCCAGUUGACUUGUCUGCCUCGGAGCAAAAAGAGAAUUGCUGGGACAGCCCCCUGGAGUCCCUGAGACUGUCAUUAUCACCUCCAAAGGCCAGGAAGCCAGCAUGUCCUCCAUCUCUGUGCAGCCCUGUCAUUACCAUAGGGGACUUGGUUUUGGACUCUGAUGAGGAAGAAAAUGGCCAGAGGGGAGGAAUGGAGACUCUGGAAAACUAUGAGAAGACAAAGUUUGACACCCUAAUCCCCACCUUCUAUGAAUACCUCCCCCAUCCUAGCCCCAGUGUUGUGUCUGCCCCUUCCCAUGAUCAUAUAGACUCCUCCAAUAGGACUGGAAUGUUGUCUGCAUCCUGCCUGUCUCCGCCCUCCUCACCUCUACAGGCAGUUUAGUGGGAAUAAAGUGGAAGCCUAGGCUUGGGUUGCUUGACUACAU